AUGUCAAAAUAUGACGUUCAGGGAGAGCGAUUAUUCACAUCAUUUGACGCGCUAUGGACGGUACUGAUGGAUAUAGGCCGGGUGUCUAAGGGUGCGGAGAUAUACUGCCUCGUCGACGCUAUCGACGAAUGUGAAAUCGAAUCACAAGGUGUAUUUCUUCAGCAAAUCUACCAGUCCUUCAUGAAAACAACGGAUACCAGUCUGAUCACAUCUAGGGUGCAUUUCUUGAUUGUCAGCCGUCCAUACCCCGAGAUUGGGGAUUACCUAUCCAAGUUUCAAUGCGUGGACUUGGCCUCAUACAAGGAGACAACCAAUGACCUUCAAACCGUGAUCCAAGACAGAGUACAGGACCUUGCGAGGCGGAAGAAGUACUCUAAGUCUCUUGCACUGAGAGUGUCAAGAUUACUGGAAGAAAAGGCUGACGGGACGUUUUUAUGGGUCGGUAUUGCCUGUGAGGAGUUGAAACGGGUGCCGUCAAAAGAUGCUGUUCAGAUACUGGAAGCUCGCCCACGUGGAUUGUAUCCCUUAUACCAGUCCCUGCUCAAUGCAGCCGUCCUAGCCAGCAAUCUAAACGAUUAUUCACAUGUGAAGAGGAUAUUAGUAGUGGUGACAUUUGCGUUGCGACCGCUAGCAAUAGCGGAAAUAGCUGAAGCAUGCCAGUUGUUCUUGGACGAGGAUGUCAGUAGCCGUCUUCAGUUCACUCGGGAGGUUAUCGACUUGUGUCGUUUAUUAGUUGUUGUCGAUAACGGCUACGUCAGAUUGUUGCAUACGUCUGUCCCGGACUUUUUAAUGACCGAGAUGCAUGAAAUCCAACCUGCUGAAUCCAAUUACGUGAUAGCAUACCGAUGCAUGGAAGUGAUCUUCCAAAAUUGCCGGCAAAACAUGGAUAGGUCAACAUUGGAACCCACUCACGGCUUCCUCGGCUAUUCGGUUCUGCAUUGGCCACAGCAUGCCAGCCUAGCCCAAACAGAAUUUGUUGAUCAAAGCGAGCAUGAAAAAUUCUUCCAGGACGUGCUAGGAACCUGGAGAACUUGGCUGGAUAAUUAUAACCAUCUGAAAAAAAGGCUCUUGGGGCGCUCUAGAGACGGAGAAAUUGGAAGACAAAGAUGCACGCGGGCAGUCCCCAUUGCUUAUUGCCGCCGAAAAUACUCAACUCGAAGUCAUGAGAUUGUUGAUUGA